GUGCGUGAGCAUUGUGACUUCGCUGCCUUAUACUAAUAAAAAGAGAUUAGUAUAGAUUGACGCAAGUAUUCCUAUUUUUAAACCAAUAAGGUAGUGCUGGGGGUCGGUCUAUUGGUUUUAUAUGGCGAUAGGUAGAGGUAGCCCAGGUGACUGUUGUGUUACGUGUAUAGGAGGUGGGGCUCACGUAUUUAACCGUUGAAGUGCCACACAGGUCAGCAGUAUAGACAGGUGUAGCCAGACGGCGGUAGUACAGAUUAGAAUAGAAUUCUUGUUUAAAUUAUAGAUAGUCAUUCAUGAUUUAACUCAUUAAGUACCAUUGUCCUCAUUUGAGGAUUUGCUACUUUGUAAUUUUUUGUAGCAUUUUUAACUGGCAACUGACUGUUAUAUUAAUCUGCUCUUUAACUAUUAUGAUAACUUACUAUAAUUUUGUCAACCACAAAAGUCUAAAUGUACCUGCUAAUGCUGCAGUUAUAGAAAACAUUUCACUGCUCUGAUAACAGGCAUGUCUAACUAGACUGCCCUCAAAAUAGGACACUGCAGUUUGUAGCCAAAAAGGAUUUCCGUUUUGUUCUGUGAAUAAAUGUUGAUUUUGAAUGUAUCCAAUUACAAAAAUGCAGCUUGUGUUGUGAUUUUCUUCCGAAGAAAAAUACAUUUGCCACUUAAUGGUUUAAAGCUAAAUUUCAAGAAAAUAGAUGCAUUUCUUUCAAUUGAAGGAUCCCUGUAAAUACAAACUAAGUGAACUGAGUUUUCAAGUGAAAAGUUUCUAACACUUGGCAGAGCAGCUCAGGACAAGGGAAAGGUAGAAAGAUAAAGUUUUCUGACCUUGCUUCCACAAAGAAAUUCUGUGUACAUAACCUAGAGGCAAUGUGGCCUUGAGCGCUUUCUAUUUAAAACAUGUAAGGUAAACAAAACAAAAAAACAAAGUGGAUAUUGCAUCAUUUCAAUCCAGAUUUGUAUUUGCUGGUCACACAACCUCAUGGUUCUUUGGUCUAGUUUACUAAAACGUGCUUUUAAAACAGAAAGACUCCUCAAAGCUGAUUGUGAGAAUCUGAGGAGGGUGAAGCAUAUCACUCCUGCUCUUCACUCUGCUUUGUACUUGCUGUGAGCUUGUCUGGAGAAUUCUAACUGCCUAGGACUGAACUGACCUUUGGAUUCCAAUGAAACCAGGUGACAAAAUGACCUUUCAACUUUGCUGGUCCCAUCUCCUCACCCUCUCUUUCUAAGUUGGGCCAAAGGUCACAUUUACCCCCUUUUCCACUGGCACCUCUGAGGGCCUAGGGCUCCCACAGUACAGGUGGUUUUCCACUGGUUAUUUGGGGUUCAUGAUUUUCGUCAUUACGUUGUGACGUCGAAGGCUGAGUAUCUUGCUCGUCAGAUCCAAAUCACCGCUCGCUCCGAGAAGCAUUCUUCUACUCUUUGUGUAAUCAGACCAUCGCUGCAUUUCAGUUGUAUUUGGUAAUGUAUAUGAAGAAUGGAAAUUAAUAAAAACACAAGCAUAACCUCUGGAGCCGCCAUUCUCAACUCAAACGCAGCGCCUCUUAAUACAGCAUCAUCUACACGCGACUCCACGCAUUCAUUGCGCAUGAUGUCAGUUGCAUGGCUCGGGUUCUGCAGUGUAAAAACAAUCAGGCUCCUCCUAAGCCUCCCCAGGCUUGGCAGAGCCCUGCCGCAGCUCGGUUAUACAGUGGAAUAGAGCAAACUGUCACAUGGUUUGGAUAGACAGAUAAAGGCAAAUAUAGAGAACAAAGUCAAUAAUAUAUUGGAGCGUCAGGACCCGGAACUGCUCCCAAAGUUUGCAAACAUGAUAAAAAGAGAAGGGAAAUAAAUGUCAUUGAAAGCUACUGCUCUUUAACAUGUUUCCGUCAUUAUUGCUGCACCUCUGGGUUACUGGGCACAUUGUAGUUAUAUUGACCUCCAUUUCAGAAAGCUGCUCCCUCAUUGACCCCACAUUACAUUUCAUUGUGUAACUGUAAGUAGAUGAUUGCUUCAUCAAAUCCAUUUCCUGACCUCACCCAUGGCCUCUUCUAGGUCAUGUCAUCAUAAUACAGCUUUCAAGGCCACGGUUAACGUUUGAGCUGGCAUGCCUGGAGCUAUUACCUGUCAGCCAUUAAACAAAAUAAAUAAAUACAUAUCAUUAUUUAUUUAUUUACUUACUGUAAAUUACAGUUCAGAAAACAAUUUGGUUGGUGGGCAGCUUGUAAUGGGAAUAUCCAGCGUUUCAUCAUGAUGUGUUUCCUCAUUAGCAGUAGCCUGUGGUAAUGAGCCUCUGGCAGUCAGGAGUGUGGUUAAUGAUUGCUGGGCUUGUCCAUUGCAUUGUGUAUAGUGACGUUGCCUUGCAGCAUUUUCCAGAAAGAGCGGCCGCUCAGUUUCGCUCCCUUCACACAGACUCUUCACCUCAUGGGUACUCACUGCUCAGGUGCUAGCUCAAGAUUUGACCUAAUUAACGACCACACAAGAGCGCAAAGUCUACCCAGCCAGAGCAUGGUCCUUCCGAGAGGCGUCUGCUGUUACCUGCCUGUUAAUUACAAAGUGAGGGGAGCCUUUGCCUCCUCUCAUGACGAUGACUGGCUAAUAAGGAAAAAGGAAUCAAACGCACACAGCAGGCUCUGUUUCCACAAUGACUCCCACUGCCCCGUGUGCCUCCAGACAGCCACUUUCCCAGUGGAAACAAACUGCGGACACCUUUUCUGUGCUCCCUGUUUAAUUGAAUACUGGAGGCAUGGCUCGUGGCUUGGAGCGAUCAGCUGCCCUCUCUGCAGACAACAAGUGAGUAUUCUGUGCAACCUCUUUCAUGAAAACCAGAGAGAUCAGCAGGAGAGGCAGGUCUUGCUAGACAUCAGGGAUUACAAUAAGCGCUUCUCUGGAGAGCCCCGCCCGGUUGUGGAUUACCUCUACGACAUGCCCCUGUUCCUCAGCCUGGUCCUGAGGGGGCUGUUCACCAUGGGCGGGCUGGUGUGGAUCUUCUGCCUGAGGAUUGCAGUGUGUUGCUGUGGGGCCGUCGUGUCGCUCUCCUCCCCGCUCUGCGUCAUUCCAGAGCCGCUGUGCGGGGUCCUGGGGGCCGUGGAUGAUCUGAUGGUAGUCUUCCUCCUUCUCAUCUGCAUGAUCAACAUCAACCAGCAGAUGAGGCCAGAGAGGGCCAACAUUGCCAACAGCACCACGCAAGGAGUGCUGGCAGACUCGCUGUAGGGAGUGGAGCUGUCACUGUGUUUAUGCACUUCUGAUGGUAGAGGCAAGGUCACAGGACCAAACCCAACUAGGGACCUAAUGGAAGCAGUAUGUUAUAGCUGUUAUUGAGAUAUGAAAGGCCUGGCUUGUGUCUGUCAUGGGAUAUUGUUGUACCAUUAACUGAAAUUAUAUAUAUAUAUAUAUAAAAAGCUGUAAGUAUGUACAUGGUUUUUGUUUACUGUAUAUGUAACUGUAUUUUAUGCAUUAUAUAAACUUUGUAUUAAUGUUUGUUCUGAGCAGUGUGGCUGAUGUUUGAUGUCACAUUGAUGAAGAUACUGUAUGUCAAUAAAGUUUUUAUUAUUAUUAUUA